GCUGCCUUGUCCCUCAUCUUUUUGGACGAGGUGGAGACACUCUGCCCUCCCAGCGCCUCCGACAGUGGAGCAGAGCCCGAGUGUAUCCGACCUUCUCCCUCUCCUCCCUCCCUCCCUCCAACCCUCCCAUCUAGGUCUCUCGCGUCGCCGCCCAGCUCGGGAGCUGCUUGGACUCCCUCCCUCCCUCCGUCUUGGUCGUGGGCGCCACCAACAGACCUCAUGAGGUGCAUCCCUCCCUGCGACGGCCGGGGCGCUUUGACCUGGAGGUGGGGGGAGAGGGAAGGAGAUCGCGUGGAGGGUUAUCCUGGCAUGGUCUGGAUCCACAAGGAGAGGAAUAUUCAGGGGAAAAAGGAGGAGAGGAGGCUCCUCGUUGCUCCUCCCACGGUGGAUGAACGCCUCGCCGUCCUCCUCGCACUCCUCCCUCCCUCCCUCUCCGCCUGUCCGUCUUUCUCUCUGGGCAAUGUGGCG